UGAAGAUACUGAGGAACAAACAGAUCUGAAAGAAGAGAGUGAAGAACUGAAUGAAAUACAAGACAAAGAUCAGUUUAAGAAACAUGAUUUCGUAACUGCAAUCUGUGAGCAACUAUAUGAUUUUUGUCCAAAGACUUUGACACGAAAAAGGGCUCAAAAUACUGGAACUAGAUGUCAUUUCACCUGCCAACAAUAUGAAAAGAGUUUUGAUCAACGUGGAAAACUUCAAGUCCACAUGAGAAUUCACACCGGAGAGAAGCCUUACUCCUGCAAACUGUGUGGAAAUAGUUUCCCUAAAAAGGGAAACCUUAAAAGGCACAUGAUAGUUCACACUGGAGAGAAGCCUUUCACCUGCCCUCAAUGUGGAAAGAAUUUUACACAUAAAAACACUCUUAAUGACCACAUAAGAAUUCACACUGGAGAGAAGCCUUUCACCUGCCAACAGUGUGGAAAGAGUUUCAUUCAAAAAAGAUACCUUAAAAACCACAUGGUAAUUCACACGGGAGAGAAGCCUUUCACAUGCCCUCAGUGUGGAAACAGUUUUACUCAACAAGGAAACUUUAAAAGGCACAUGAGGAUUCACACUGGAGAGAAGCCGUUCACAUGUUUUCAGUGUGGAAUCAGUUUCACUCAGCAAAGAAGCUUAAACAAGCACAUGAGAAUUCACACCAGAGAGAAGCCUUACACCUGCCCUCAGUGUGGAAAGAGUUUCAUUCAAAAAAGAUACCUUAAAAACCACAUGACAAUUCACACGGGAGAGAAGCCUUUCACAUGCCCUCAGUGUGGAAACAGUUUUACUCAACAAGGAAACUUUAAAAGGCACAUGAGGAUUCACACUGGAGAGAAGCCGUUCACAUGUUUUCAGUGUGGAAUCAGUUUCACUCAGCAAAGAAGCUUAAACAAGCACAUGAGAAUUCACACCAGAGAGAAGCCUUACACCUGCCCUCAGUGUGGAAAGAGUUUCAUUCAAAAAAGAUACCUUAAAAACCACAUGACAAUUCACACGGGAGAGAAGCCUUUCACAUGCCCUCAGUGUGGAAACAGUUUUACUCAACAAGGAAACUUUAAAAGGCACAUGAGGAUUCACACUGGAGAGAAGCCGUUCACAUGUUUUCAGUGUGGAAUCAGUUUCACUCAGCAAAGAAGCUUAAACAAGCACAUGAGAAUUCACACCAGAGAGAAGCCUUUCACCUGCCAACAGUGUGGAAAUAGUUUCAAUGAAAAAGGAAUCCUUAAAACGCACAAGAGGAUUCACACUGGAGAAAAGCCUUACAGCUGCCAACAGUGUGGAAAGAGUUUCAAUGAACAUGGAAACCUUAAAGUCCACAUGAGGAUUCACACCGAGGAGAAGCCUUACACCUGCCUUCAAUGUGGAAAGAGUUUUUCUCAUAAAAGCGCUUUGAAUGUCCACAUGACAGUUCACACUGGAGAGAAGCCUUACACCUGUAAACUGUGUGGAAAUAGUUUCCCUAAACAGGGAAACCUUAAAAGGCACAUGGUAGUUCACACUGGAGAGAAGCCUUACACCUGCCCUCAGUGUGGAAAGAGUUUUACUCAACAAGGAAACUUUAACAGGCACAAGAGAGUUCACACUGGAGAGAAGCCGUUCACAUGUGUUCAGUGUGGAAACAGUUUCACACGACAAACAAGCUUUAACAGGCACCUGAGAAUUCACACCAGAGAGAAGCAUUAAACCUGCGAACUGUGUGGAAGAAGUUCACGACAAAACUCAACCUUAGCUAUCACAUGAACAGUCACACUAGUGAGAAGCUGUUUACAUGUGAUCAGUGGAAAGAGCUUCAGACAUGAAGCAACCCUUAAUAAUCACGAGGCUUCAUGCUGGAGAGAGACCUUUCACGUGUCUUCAGUGAGAAAUGUGUUUCAUAUAUCAAAAAGACCUCAAACAUCAUUGUGGCAAACAGUGCAGGGGCCGAGAGCUGUGGGAACGGAGCGAGUUUCAUGGAAGGAGAUCCGGAAGCAUAAAAGGAGGAGUGAUGACAGUCCAUGACGAGAGAGGACAGGCCUGGACAUUGUUAUGCUUUAUUACGUUUUUAUGUGGUGGUCGUCCGUGAGGGGCUGAAUCAGACACUAAAGACUUAAUCCGAAUUGUGUCAAAACAGCGCAAAGAACCAAAACAACCAAAAAGGCCAUGAGUCUCACACUGGACGACCAUAAAACUGAGACCUGUCAGUUGGCACCACAAAGCCUGAGCUAACUAGUUACUCAUCUAUGGACGACUGAAUAAACUAGAUGACUGUAUUAAAAGAACUCCUCCAGCGUUGUCAACUUUAGGCAGUUAACCCAAGAUAAAUGGGUCUGGAGACACACAUUCUGAAUCUCACAGGGAAAAUUAUAAGGCAAAAGUGGGAUUUCCCUCACUCAAGAUAAAGAGCUAAAGCCAGACUCCCUUUGACCUUUUCCUUCCUUGCAUGACUGGAAUCCUCUCUAAAACCCACAGAGACUGUCUUUACAUAUAUAAAAUAAAAUGCUUCAGAUCAUUCCAAAAUGAGGCUAAGAGGACUUAACUCCAUAUCA